CAAAUGGCGGACGACGCCGGUGGUAGAGGAGGUUUUCGCGGAGGGUUCGGGGAUCGUGGUCGCGGCCGGGGCCGUGGACGCGGGAGAGGCCGCGGCAGGGGACGCGGGGCCCGCGGCGGCAAGUCCGAGGACAAGGAAUGGGUGCCAGUCACCAAGCUGGGCCGCCUGGUGAAAGACCUGAAGAUCAAAUCCCUGGAGGAGAUCUACCUGUACUCUCUGCCCAUCAAGGUGAGCGGUGUGUGAGGAGGAUGCGCAGGUGUUGUUGAUGCUACCGGGUAGCUGAGGUAACGGGAUGUCCAAUGCAUCCAGGAUGCGCCCGUUGACGUGACCCCUUGUGUAUGCCGAUAUUUGCUCAAUUGUGAUGUCAACGUUUUCUCAAAUAUUGAUGCUGGGUUUAUUUAAAAAAAAAAAACCUAACAUUUAAAGUAGUUUUAAAUGUAUCUUUCAAAACUAUAUAGAUUAAUGCCUCCGAAGAUUAUAUUCAUGUUUUUCUAGUGUGCCUUUGUCAGAUAACAUUUUUAUGGCCUUGUUCAUGCUGUGUUACAUGUAUAGAAUGCAUUGUGAAUGGAUAUUCUUAAACUUGGUGUAAAAGAAUAAACCUUAAAUGUCAGGAUUCCUUUUAGAAGUGGUUCAGGGAUUUGCGUAUUAAUAGAAAUGUUACAUUUUUAAUAUGCUUAUCAUGCAGUUAUACAAUGAGGUACUUUGAUGUGGAUUCUGCACCAAAUGUUGGAAGCGGCAUGAUCCAAAUUUCAUUUUCUAACUUUUUCCUGCAGGAGUCUGAGAUCAUCGAUUUCUUCCUGGGUUCCAGUCUGAAGGAUGAGGUGCUCAAGAUCAUGCCUGUCCAGAAGCAGACCAGAGCUGGUCAGCGCACUAGGUUCAAGGCCUUUGUUGCCAUCGGUGACUACAAUGGUCAUGUUGGGCUGGGGGUGAAGUGCUCCAAAGAGGUGGCUACAGCCAUCCGCGGUGCCAUCAUCCUGGCCAAGCUGUCCAUUGUCCCCGUCAGGAGAGGUUAUUGGGGUAACAAGAUCGGCAAGCCCCACACCGUGCCCUGCAAGGUGACAGGCCGCUGUGGCUCUGUCCUGGUGCGUCUCAUCCCAGCCCCCCGUGGUACUGGUAUUGUGUCCGCUCCCGUGCCCAAGAAGCUGCUCACCAUGGCCGGUAUUGAUGAUUGCUACACCUCUGCCAGGGGCUGCACUGCCACCCUCGGCAACUUUGCUAAGGCCACCUUCGAUGCCAUCUGCAAGACUUACAGCUAUCUGACCCCUGACCUGUGGAAGGAGACCAUCUUUACAAAGUCACCAUACCAGGAGUUCACUGAUCAUCUGGCCAAGACUCAUGCCAGGUUGCCAUUGCAGAGGGGACAGUCUGUCGGGACCCCUACCGCCUAAACUUUUUGUACAGAGAAUUGUUUAAUAAACAUUCUGAAACAAAAUGCAA